AUGCCUACGCUUGUCCGCCCGCCUCCAUACGCAACAGCUGAUCUUGGACGAAGAUACUCGAUACCUGUCGAACGCGCCGUCUGGGCGUACCGAGCCCAGGAAGGACACAGUGGAACGGAUGCCUGCGGAGAUCGGCGAAAUGAGGCUCGGGCGGUAGCACCGGAGACCUCGGUGGGCGAAGAGGACAACGUUCUGGAUGUGGUACCGACUGCUUCGACUUGUACUGUCACGUCGACUACGGGGUGA